GAGGGUCCUCAUGGAAGACAACAUGCGAUGAUGAUCGUAGAUCAAACAUCAACUCCACAUUAUUCCCAACAUCUGACCUCUAUAUGUGCUUCUUUAUGCCGAAGAAAACGCACGGUGAUGCCGAUCGUAUUUCUUAACAUUCACAGUAAUGAUGUCUAGGCAUUAAUCAACUCAUUUAUAUACUCUCUUCUUCACCUUCUUCUCUGCAACACCAGUUUUAACCACUCUUUCGUUUUUCUUUCUUUAAAUUAUGGCACCAAAAGCUGAUUUUGUCCUUCUAGUGUUGUUUGGUUCUGUGUUUUGUUCUUGUCGGGCUAGGAAACAUGAUCAGUCUGAGUUUUUUGAGUUGAUGAAAACCUCGUUAUCGGGACAGGCCUUGUCUGAUUGGGAUGUUAAUGGUGGGAAAAGUUACUGCAAUUUCACGGGAGUUAACUGCAACAAUCGAGGGUAUGUUGAUGCUCUUAAUAUCUCCGGCUGGUGGCUCACCGGAAACUUUCCGGACGACGUGUGCUCUUACCUGCCGGAGCUUCAUGUUAUCGAUAUCAGCCGUAACUAUAUCCACGGAAACUUUCUGAACGGGGUGUUGAAUUGUUCUUCCCUGGAAGAGUUCAAUAUGAGUUCUAUUUAUAUAAGAACAAAGCUUCCGGAUUUCUCGAAACUCGUCUCUUUACGUGUUCUCGACUUGUCGUACAAUCACUUCACUGGCGAUUUCCCCAUGUCCAUAACUAACCUUACCAAUCUUGAAGUGCUCUACUUCAACGAAAACGAUAAAUUAAAGCCUUGGAAACUCCCGGAGAACAUUUCGAGGCUUUCGAAGCUCAGAGUUAUGGUGUUCACGACAUGCAUGUUGUAUGGUCGGAUUCCAGCAUCAAUUGGGAACAUGACAUCACUUGUUGAUCUUGAAUUGGAUGGGAAUUACCUAUCUGGUCGGAUUCCGAGGGAGCUCGGUUUGCUCAAAAACUUGCAGCAACUUGAAUUGUAUUACAACCAGUUAUCUGGGACAAUACCCGAAGAACUUGGAAACCUGACAGAGCUCAGAGAUUUGGACAUAUCGGUCAAUGCUUUGAGUGGAAGCAUUCCAGGGUCUAUCUGUCGAGUUCCGAAACUACGAUCUCUUCAGCUUUAUAACAACAGUCUUACAGGAGAAAUCCCUGGUGAAAUUGCAGAGUCAACAACUUUGAGCAUCCUUUCACUCUAUAGAAACUUCUUGUCGGGGCAUGUUCCUCAAAAUCUCGGGUUUUCGUCCCCUAUGAUCGUUCUCGACUUGUCGGAGAACAAUAUUUCAGGUCCGUUGCCAGCCGAGGUUUGUCGAGGAGGUAAAUUGUCGUACUUGCUUCUGUUAGACAACAAGUUUUCUGGAAACUUGCCUGAAAGUUAUGCCAACUGCAAAACUCUUCUAAGAUUUCGGGUUUCUAAUAACUAUUUAGAGGGAUCGAUUCCUGGUGGACUCUUCGUUCUGCCUCAUGUUUCGAUCAUUGAUUUGGCUGACAAUAAUUUCUCGGGUGGUUUCCCGAAUUCAUUUGGAAAUGCUCGGAAUUUGUCCGAACUGUUGUUACAGAACAAUAAAGUGUCUGGUUUUUUACCUCCUGGAAUCUCUGGUGCUGUCAACCUGGUGAAAAUUGAUUUCAGAAACAAUCUUUUAUCUGGUUCAAUUCCUUCAGAAAUUGGGAAUCUGAAGAAACUGAAUUUACUUUUGUUGCAAGGUAACAAUCUCAGUUCUUCGAUCCCGACAUCGUUUUGUUCGCUGAAAUCUCUCAAUGUUCUUGAUAUUUCCAACAAUCACUUGACUGGUAACAUCCCAGAGUGUCUCAGUGACCUUUUGCCAAACUCCAUGAACUUUUCGAACAAUCAACUUUCUGGACCAAUCCCUCCGUCAUUGAUUGAAGGAGGGUUGGUUGAAAGCUUUUCAGACAACCCAGGUCUUUGUGUUUCAACUCAUGUCCGAAAUUUCCCCAUAUGUUCACACAUUUACAACCAAAACAGACUAAAAUCCAUGUGGGCAGUCAUAGUUUCUGUCAUUGUCAUUACAAUCGUAGCUCUUUUUGUCCUCAAACGUCGUUUGAGUACACAGAGAGCUGUAAUGGAACACGAUGAGACUUCGUCUUCAUCGUUCUUUUCGUAUAAUGUGAAAAGCUUCCAUAGGAUAUGUUUCGACCACCAUGAGAUCAUUGAAGCAAUGGUUGAUAAGAACAUCGUGGGGCAUGGAGGAUCCGGGACAGUGUAUCGAAUCGAAUUGCGGAGCGGUAAUGUUGUUGCAGUCAAGAAACUAUGGAAUAAAGCAUCGAAAGAUUCGGGUUCGGAUGAUCAGUUGAUUUUAGAUAAAGGAUUGAAGACUGAAGUCGAUACACUAGGAAGCAUAAGGCACAAGAACAUAGUCAAGCUUUAUAGUUGCUUCUCGAGCUUGGAUUGUGACCUGUUGGUUUAUGAGUACAUGUUGAAUGGAAACCUUUGGGAUGCUCUUCAUAAAGGAAGGUUCGAUCUGGAUUGGCCGAUCCGACAUCGAAUCGCACUCGGGGUUGCACAGGGUUUGGCAUACCUUCACCAUGAUAUUUUGCCACCGAUUAUUCACCGAGACAUUAAGUCGACCAACAUCCUACUCGACGUCGAUUACCGUCCCAAAGUUGCAGAUUUCGGAAUAGCCAAGGUAUUGCAAGCCAGAGGAGGCAAAGAUUCCACCACCACUGUCAUUGCAGGCACGUAUGGCUACUUAGCACCCGAAUAUGCAUAUUCAAAUAAAGCGACAACCAAGUGCGAUGUGUAUAGUUUCGGGGUCGUUCUGAUGGAACUAAUAACCGGAAAGAAGCCGGUGGAGGCGGAUUUCGGAGAAAACAAGAACAUCGUGUAUUGGAUAUCGACGAAACUCGAGACAAAGGAAGGGAUCAUGGAGGUUUUAGACAAGAAGUUGUCCAAUACAUUCAUGGAUGAAACGGUUCAAGCUCUGAGGAUAGCAAUGCGUUGUACAUGCAAGAAUCCAACCGCACGUCCAACCAUGAAUGAGGUUGUUCAGCUGCUGAUCGAGGCGGAUCCUUGCAGAUUAGAUUCUUGCAAGUACUCAAGUAAGAUGAAAGAAGAACCGAAUGUCGGCAAAAUAAAGAACCAAUCAAAUGUUUCAUGCCAGAAUCAAUGGUAGAUGAUUGAGAAACCAGCCAUAAAGAACAAAUAAGUGGCAUGUAGAUUCUCUCCAUCUUUUUUUCUUCUUUUUAUUUUGUUUUUAGCUCUUGUAAGGACCAGGAAUUUAAUCAU